AUGGUCAACCUAAAUUGGCCAGAACAUAAGAGAAGUAGAUCGACGACAGAAGCUAGCUCCAGCAGAGGCAGAAUAGUCACAAAGGAAACUAUUGAAAGGCCAAAAGCAACUAUCUCAGCUGGGGUAGUGCUCUGCAGCAAGUGCAAGUGUGAAACUAAGCUAAAAGUGGUCCUGGACAGGCAGAGUCAGCCCAUUCCGAGUGUUUUUGACAGGAUUGGAACCUCAUCCCGAGAUAGAGCCAGGCAGAAAGACUAUCUCAGGCUUGCAGAGCGGCCCAAGAAGGAAAUACCAAUCAAGAUGCCCGAGAAUGAAAAACCCUUGGCAGCUAUCAUAGAAGGCAGAUGGUAUUCUAUGGGGAAAAGUGGUAGACCAACUCUGGAGCUAACCAGAACUCAGAAGAGGAUGGUUCAAAGGCAAUACUGCACAUUCCUCAAAAGCAAGAGUAAUGCACAGCUCGAGCCUUCACAAGUACAAGGUGAAUCCAAACCUAUCCCGGCAAAAGAACAAGAAAACUGGACUGGAGAGUAUGAAGAGGAGCAGCUGGAUUAUGAACCAUCUACAGAUGAUCAAAAUGGACUCCUCGAAACAGGAGAACAGGAAGACUGGACACAAGAGUACGAGGAAGAGCAGAUGAAAUAUGAUGGAGAAUUAGAUGAAGAAACUGAGGCUUUUGGUGCAGAAUUGAAAAGCUUGUUGUAG